AUGGUUCAUGUUGGUCCAAAUCCAACCCCUCAACAUCUCAACAAUCUUUUAGAAAUCGCAUUAAGACAUAAAAUUAACCGUCUUGAUGCAGGGAAAAAUUACGCUUUAGGUGAUCCCAAAUCGAAGGAGCCCAUAUCUGAUUCCGAUUCUAAACCUGAGGCAAGUAACAGUCCAAAAUCCCAAACACAGGCAUCUUCGCCUGCAUCUCAGCCUGAUCCAAAAAAGUCUCAGACUAUAGAAAUGGAUUCAAUAUUAGCUGAAAUUGAUGCAAU